AUGACCACUUCCUCUUCGGUCCAUGACAGUGACCAAUGUUGCGGGUCAACGACAUGUUGGCCAUACAGCCGACGAGACGGUAUCGGCUCCAUAACCAGAAACGACAUUAACAGUCUCAAACUUCAUGUCUUCCCCUCGAUCCUUCCCAAGGAUGCUCGCCAGGACGCCGUGACAUCCAUGAUGGAGGAACUGGGAGAACAGAAUAUUUACAACAUAGUGGAGCACGUUUGGCGGACGAUCGGAACGGGCCAAAUAUGCUCUUGGAAUGAGUUAGAGCAGGUGUGGAAAAAAGUCAACCUGAACCGGAAUCCGGCGCUGAGGAAAAAGGGGGGGUUUUCCGGGUUUCAAAAACGGUACCGGGUCGGUCAACCAUGCACUUUCUGCUGGCGCACAUAUUGGAACGCCUUGUCCAGAAAUCGCGAGGCACAAAAGACGUCAGCGCUCAUCGCAGAGUAUGAGUGGAAAGAUGCCUAA